AUGCUCAAAGAGAGGGAGAGAGAGCAGAUGCGUAUCCCCUACCCUACCAUCACUGCAGAGACGAUGUUCUUGAAGAAUACUGUCCAUCUGCGGAUAUAUUCAGAAGUUGUGCUACUCACAGACGAUUUUACCCUCGUCGCCUUGACGUUCCGCUUCUGGGCACUGUACUUCUUUGCCGCAAUUGCAUCGAUCGUCAACCAAUACUACUACUUCCGAACCUCCCGCGGCGGGUUCCCAAUCUACUUUAUCAACCUGACUUCGUACGUCCUCGGAGUCGCCCUAGCCAAGAUCCUUCCUCGCGAAAGCAUCACCAUCGGUGGGCACAGCAUGUCUCUCAACCCCGGUCCCUUCAACAUCAAGGAACAUGCCCUCAUUGGUAUCGCCGUCUCUACCGCUUCUACUGCCUAUGCGAUCGAUAUUCGUAUGGGUGCACUCGAUGCUAUUGUGCUCAUUAUUACGACCCAAUGCUUGGGGGUAUGCUGCAUCAACACUGGUCUCAUCAGUGCACUAGAAUUGCAGCCUUUCGCGAUGAAAGACGCUUACGGAGCAGAACAAAAUGCUCUGGCCCACGCAUCCGUCAUCGCCAAACUGUCGGUUGGCCAGGUCAACGUGAGCCCAAACACGCCUGCCCCCAAGAAAAGGAAGCUUCCAGAGAAUGACCCCUGCCUCAGAUGCUCCCCGGGUCUUGUGCCUGGGCUGGAGUUCCUUUAUUCGAUUUCCCCUUAUUCAACAUUGCUCCAGAGUCGACAGUUUAUUGAGCUCGAUGAUGUCAUCUGCGAGCUCCUGAAUCGUGACUGGGAAUUCUCCCCUCAGCUUCGCUUCGCCUGUUCCAAGAUUCUCUCAGGAUGCAUACUACUCAACAACAACAAUGGCCAAGCUGUUAUCCUCAACACCAUCGAGCAUGAGGCCAUCCGUCGGCUCAGCCACUUUGCUAGCAACCAUCCCUGUCAACCUUACACCAUCUACACUCUGGCCGCCUAUGAUCAAUCUCACAAUGGAUAUGGACCCGCGCUUUCAAGCCUCUUUCACGCUGUAUCAAGUGCCGUCAUUCGAGACGGUUCAGACGCUUUGCUGGAUAAACAGACGGUGGAAAAGUCGCGCAAUCGAUGCACCAAAGAGGGGCGCGCAACGCAAGGACUGGAGGGUAUACUUUCACUUUACACUGGCACCAAAACCUCAAUCAAGAUCCUCUGGAACCGCGACCUCAACGAAUACCUGGAAACCUUGGCUCAGAUCCUCUCAACAUACAUCGCAACAGCCAAUGCCGCCGUUGUGCCGUUUGUCUGGAAGGAAUUUACGUCACCAACUCAGUAG